AUGAGAGAACUCAACGUUCCUGAGGCGGCCAGCCCCUCCGGAGAGACGCUAUUUAGGGUCUCGGGUGAUGUAUCGCCGACUAGGGCUGCUGAUUCUCCCGGCCUCGAGGGUAUAUCCCCGUGUCCAUCCACAUUGACAGACGACGGACAGCUACAAUUAGCUGAGGGAGACGCUUUCUAUGAAUGGUCGAGUCAAGUCGCUGCUAUAGAGCCAAGUCCCGUGGCAGCUUCAGACCUCCCCAACACUACUACAUUAAUACCACCGAGCGUGCUGUACAGUAAUAUCUAUCAGCGGUUUGGGCCUAUUCUCGAGAGAUACAAUAUGGAAUUCUGCACGAUCCCAUUAACGUCCGACCUACAGAUGAAUCCGUUUCGAUACCGCAGAACCAUUGUACCGGAACCUAUGUUUCUGGUCCAUGCAGUGAUGGCUUUAGCGGGUCAUCAUGUUAAGAGUCCAUCAACCGACGACCAUCACUAUACAGCAUUAAAACUCUUCCGCGAGAGCCUCAACACACCCGCUAAUCUAGGAGAUGGCUCCUCUAUGCUUGAUGCGAUUAUGAUAUUAUUUUCCUUCGACGAAACUCAAUCCACCCUUGGAUACUGGAGCACACAUCUCAAGGGAGCCUAUGGCCUUAUCGAAGCGUACGGGGGAAUCGAAGCAUGGACCACAUCCUCUCGGGCAGAUGCUCAAAUAGGAUUGCUGUUGUGGUGGGAUGCCAUCACCAGUCUCUUGUCCCGGGAAGACUGCGUGUUCCCGUACGCAUACGUCGAAGCCAUCCUAUCGAACCCCGAUGAUCGGAAGUGGAACUUCUUCGACCUUUGCGGCUGCCCACACAGUGUGGUCACGCUAGUCAUGCAAGUGGCGCGUCUAAGUGCCGAAAAGCGCCAAUCGUCGUCUAUGCGGUACGUGACCUUCGACCCCACAGUGAUCACCCAAAUCGAGCAAGUGCUCGAGUCCUGGGAUCAUAUUUCCCCUGCUGCGCUUGCCUUUGGUAGCGAAGAGGACAUCCAACAAGACCAAGAUUGCAUGCACUGCUCAGAGGCAUGGAGACACGGCCUGCUGCUCUAUGUCUACCGCGUGUUCCGAUGGAGGCCGGGUAGCCUGAUUCCAAUGCGCGUUGUCCGUUGGGCUAGGGUCAUUGUGGACCAUGUGGUCGCGUGUCGCGACGAGAGCAUGAUUGCCCGACAGGCGUUGCUGCCACUCUUCUUCGCGGGAUGCGAACAACGGGACCCAUCGGUACGGCAGAAGAUCGUGCAGUUCUGCUCGGUGUGGAAUGACAGGACGCGGUAUCAGAUGUUUGGGAGCACCAUCCCGUUGCUUGAAGAGGUAUGGGCGGAACAGGAGGCGAAGGGCUUUGAGAACGUGUGGUGGGGUCACGUCGUCGAUCGAAAACACUCCGCGUCUUGUUAUCCGUUGCAAAUGCGGAUUUGCUUUGGAUGA